AUGGCUUCCAUGUUAGAGGAGGAUCUCUGCUGUCCGGUCUGUCAGGAGGUCUUCAGAGAUCCUGUUUUUCUGUCAUGUAGCCACAGCUUCUGUAAAGAUUGUCUGCAGACCUGGUGGAGACAGAGACCAACACAAGAGUGUCCAGUUUGUAAGAUGAGAUCUUCACGGACAGAUCCUCCCCGUAACCUUGCCUUAAAGAACCUGUGUGAUCACUUCUUACAGGAGAGAGACCAGAGAUCUUCAGAGGAUCUCUGCAGUCUGCACUCUGAGAAACUCAAGCUCUUCUGUCUGGACCAUCAGCAGCCAGUGUGUGUCAUCUGCAGAGAUUCAGAGAAACACACCGAACACAGAUUCAGACCCAUCGAUGAAGCCACUCCACAGCACAAGAAGAACCUUCAGGAAACUCUGGAACCCUUAAAGGAGAAGUUAAAGGUUUUUGAACAAGUUAAAGAGAAGUUUGAUCAAACUGCAGAACACAUUCAGGACCAGGCCCGACACACAGAGAGGCAGAUUAAGGAGCAGUUUAAGAAGCUUCACCAGUUUCUACAAGAGGAAGAGGAGGCCAGGCUGUCUGCACUGAGGGAGGAAGAGAAGCAGAAGAGUCAGAGGAUGAAGGAGGAGAUGGAGGUUCUGAGCAGAGAGAUAGCAGCUCUUUCAGACUCAGUCAGAGCCACAGAGGACGAGCUGAGAGCUGGAGACGUCUCAUUCCUGAAAAAUUACAAGGUUGCAGUGGAAAGAGUCAGACUUUGCCUCCUGAUAGAGGAUUCACGUUUGCCCUCAGGAGCUCUGAUAGACGAGGCCAAACACCUGGGCAACCUGAGCUUCAACAUCUGGAACCAGAUGAAGGACAUGGUCUCCUACAGUCCUGUGAUUCUAGACCCAAACACUGCUGGUCCAGAUCUCAUCCUGUCUGAAGAUCUGACCUUUGUGAGAUUAGGAGCCAGACAGAAGCUUCCUGAUAAUCCAGAGAGGAUUAAUCAUUUCUGCUCGGUCCUGGGCUCCGAGGGCUUUGACUCAGGGACUCACAGCUGGGACGUUGAAGUUGGAGACAGAACAUUCUGGAUACUGGGUGUGUUAGCAGGGUCCACUGAUAAGAAAGGUUGUAUCAUGUCUGGUCUAUGGGGACUACAGUUCUGUCCAGAUAAAUACUCAGCAUUCUCACCAGCAGCUCCAUCCACUCCUCUCUCAGUUCAGAAGAAGUUCCAGAGGAUCAGAGUGAGUCUGGACUGGGACAGAGGACAACUGUUGUUUUCUGAUCCUGAUACUAACACACACAUACACACAUUCACACGCACUUUCUCUGAGAAGAUGUUUCCGAUCAUGUGUGGUUAUAAUACAUUCAAUAUUUUACCACAAAAAAUGUAAGUGACAUUGGAACUGAGCACCACAGUACAAUCAGCAUUGCUAUUUCCUUUCUGACACAGAUGACACUUUCACGCUCAGCACCCAUGGAUGUUUUGGUCCAAAAAUUAAGUCAUAAGUCUAUGGCACAGUUCUUAUCCUGUUAUUUAAAGGGUUGCUCUAUGGUUCUUGAAACAAGAUAUUUUGUAAAUAGUAACAUGCCUGCCUGCAAGAUCGCCUGGCUCUCAAAGGUCCUGUGUAAUGGUGUCAGUCUCUGUGAAGGAUCUGCAGUCUCUCAGUUUCUAACCUCAUUAUCCAUGCACUGAUCUGAGUGGGAUGCUUUGAUAAUGAGACACUGUGCUGAUUGGCUGCCUGAAAGUUACCUCAGGGGGGAUGCAAACGGAUGUAGAAGUGGAAAAACACCAAAACAAACAUUGCAAUUGUCCAGAAGAAUCUGCGUCAGUUCACCAAACAUGUGAUCCAAAAUCUGAUUCUGUAGGAGGCAACUCUUGAAGUAGCCGCGGUUAUAACAGCCUGUCUCUGAGUGAUACAGUACAGUUUGAGUGUUAUUCCUACUUUUAGUCUUUGUUGUGUAACUUAAUAUAGUCAGUCCUCAUUAUUGAGACAGUGUGAGGUGGCACCAACUGGAGCUGGCACAAAAAACAGCCACUAUUUUCUUUGGUCCUGUGGUGCUGGGACAGACAUCUGUGUUGGAUUUUACAACCAACAACAGAGCAGCUGGCGUGUCUGGCUCUAACCUUUUACAUCUUGACUCUGCAACACUGAAGCAAAACCAGUUGAAGUUGUUUUUCAUGCAUGCCUAUGCAAAUCACUCCUGUCGUGACAUCACCACAGGAGCAAAUUCAGAUCACCUGUCAGAAGCUUUUUUUUCCAGGAAGUGAGCUACUUCAUUUAGCUUGGAAAAUAUGCUGCAUGCGCUGUAGACUGUUGAUACCCCAGAAGGAGGAUCAUAUCUGUGAUGCUGUGUUUGAAUUUCUCUACAUUUCUAAAAUGAUCCUUCUUAGUUUCUGAUCUUUAUCUGUUUGGUUUGUUUAGAUGAACAUCUAAUCAAUAUUGUAUCUAAUUAUAAGUACACAUUUAAAUGGUUGAUGUGUGUAAUUUUUUGU